UUGAACUUAAAUGUGAGUGAGUUUCUGGUGAAUUUCCAUGCGGACUGUUUAAUCGUGUGUUGUUUUUUAAAGGCUGCAUGCCACAACUAUUUCGAGCAAUUUUGCAGCAUCUUGUGUUUGCGUUCUGAGAAAACCUGGUGAGUAUUUAGGACCAGGAAGUGUGUCCUGCCCCUGCUAGGAGCUGCUCCUCCUCCUCCUCUACCUCCUCCCACUGAAGGCUGUUUACGAAGAAAGCUGAGCUCCUCUGACAAAAACAAGGGCUGGAACUCCAUCAGGCAGGAGCAGUGUGUCUGAUGCACAUUCAGCAUAGGCUCUUCGUCCAUUUUGUACGUUUAUUUCCUAAUUUAAUCUUUUAGGGAAAAGUCGUAUCAAGGCACCAUGUUGUCGGUAAAUUCAGCCCGCCAGCUCUGCAAAAUGUUCUUCUCCCUGCAUGUUGUUUUUCUGAGCGUGGUGGUUGUGGAGAGCAGUGCAUCAAAUGGAAGUCAAACAGACUGCAUGACAUCCAAUGGUGUGAACUAUAGAGGGGAACAACAAAGCUCCUCCUCAGGCCUGUCCUGUCUUAACUGGACAAACUCUACCAGAGACUAUGAUGUGAACAGCCAAUCUGAUUCACAGACAGGUGUUGGAGAUCACAAUUACUGCCGAAACCCAGACUCCUCUGAGAAGCCUUGGUGCUACAUUGCUGGCCCAGAUGGGACAAUCCAGAGACAAUUCUGUGCAAUUGAAUUAUGCAAAGAACAAGCUUCUGCUGCACCAGCUGGGGCUGAAUCCCUGAACCAAAUAGGAACCACUCCCUCAACAGAGAGCUUCCAGCCCGCCAAGUCGAGAGCUUCUCGGGGGGAAGUUGCUGCAGUGCAGCCGGUGAUGGGAAUCAGCCAAAGAGUGCGCACAGGACCAAAGCAGAAAAAGGACCUUGGCACGCUCGGCUAUGUCAUCGGCAUUCUCAUGAUGGCCAUCAUAGUCCUCCUGGGAGUAGGCAUCACACUUGGCUACUUCUAUAAGAGGGGACGGGACUUGAAGAAGCAGCAUGAGCAGCGAGUGUAUGAGCGUGAGAUGCAGAGGAUCACCCUGCCCCUCUCUGCUUUCUCCAACCCCACCUGUGAGCUGGUCGACGAAAACACCAUUGUUAUCACUGCAGAGCACGAGACGACCCCCGUCCAGGAGGGCGUAGAGGGCGAGGACCCUCUCAUGGGCCAGCAAGCUGGAACCCCUGGUGCAUGAGCAGGCAGCUAGUCCUCCAACAGAACUGUUACAUUUUUCGUGGACCAAAACACUCCUUUCGACAUUUCUCAGCUCUGUUUUUAAGGAGUAGGAGAACAGUGUUGACUCCAAAGACUUGAACUUGUAUGCUGUGUUCAUUGUGUCCUCUUUUUUUUCCUUUACAUUGAAGGCACAAACAAACAUAAGCUAACAUGUUCGAAACUGUCUAAACACCUAGAGAUCACAACAAAGAUAAUUCAGAGGUCUUUAAUAUUCAUAUCUGGUAUAUUUGUAAGAAGAGGAAGGAGAUCCCGGGCUGCCCCCCUUUUAAAAACAGUAUCAAAUGGAUGUGUGUUUAAAAUGGUGUGUAAUGCACCACGUCUCCAUGAUGAGAUGGUGUUUUAAAAAAAGGGAGAAAGUGGAUCACUUUUUCAUUAUUUAGUGUGUCCAUGUGAAGAAGUGCUCUUCACAGGAGGUGUAGGUUACAUGAUUAAUUUGAGAUAUUUUUUGUAUUGACUUGCUGGCUGUGCCGAGGGAGAUGCAGACAAAUGUUUAUGUAUAAAGAGUGACAUAUCUCCGUGAAACAGUUGUGUUACAAUUGAAUCCACCUCCUCUUGACCAGAAAGAAGGAAUGUGAGGUGAACAGGCCCACUGAAGACAAGGGAAACUGCCUUAGCAUGAUACUUUUGAAUGUAUUAGUGUUAUCACAACCCAAUGGUUCAUUUUCUCUUUGUACUCAACUUAAAGGGCCGAUGCAGAUGCAAAGCAUGACAACGGUCAUUGGAAGACAUCAAAGAGGACUUGCCCUUUUCUUCCACAGGUUAAGUAGUGACAGGAAAUAUAACAGAGCGCUCUCAGGAAGCAUGAGAGACGGUAGUUAGUCUUCAGGACAAAAAAUAGCACUGCCACUACACAGAGCAGACGGGAUGUGACAUCCUGUCUUUGCAAAGCAGCACUGUGAGUGUGUGACGUGCUGAAGAAGCCUGGUGUCUUCGAUUAGAUUCAGACCAUUGAAAUAUGCACUUGAUGCUUCAGGAAUGGAGUAGAAUAGAAACAGUCCAAAGUUUGAUGUUCAUUCAGAAAACAAUCAAAAUAUGAAUGCAUGUGCAUGGUUACCUGCUGUAUGUUUGUCCUCAGGGGCCAUUUUUUGUAAAACUACUGAUUAAAGAUGACAUUUUGAAAAUA